AGUAGUGUUUUGUCCAUAUAUCCUCCUACAGGUGCAAGGGCUAACUUCAUCUUUAUUCGACAUCUGUCAAAUAUGCGACGUCCAUGUAAACGACGAAACAAAAACGGGUCUUCCUUGUCUUCCGACAGCGCUCCCGCUGGUUUGUACAACACCAACGCUACUCUUGCUGUGUUUAGUGCAGCGGUAAUUUCCUCAUCCACCUUGUAUAAACACCGACCACUCCCAUCCAAAUCCACCUACAGUGAUCAUGUCUUCCGACAAUGAGAUACCCGGCCCUACCAAGGCCCUCUCGGACAAAUCUCAUCUAGAGACGGAAUCCUCGGUUUCAGACGACGAUGAAUGCAAUUCCGAGAUCAUGUUAGCAACCUUAUCCGACGAGGCGGAUGCGGAAGACAUCACUCUGCUACCAUCGCCAUUCCCCGUUCCACAUUCCAAGGCCGAGGAAACCUGGGAACGAAUCAAGAGAACUUAUGACGUGGGGAGUCGGGGCCUGGACUCUAUUAUGCAAAUGCUAGGCCUUGAAGAGGCGAAGCUUCGCCUCGUGGAAAUUGCUUUCAGGAUUACACUCGCGAACGCUACGAAGGGGGUGAUUCCUUUACCCGAUGAGCUUACCAUCAUGUUUCAAGGAAACCCGGGAAUAGGCAAGAAGACAAUUGCCAAUCACUAUGUCCAAUUCCUUCUCGACUUCAAAGUAUGCCGCGCGCCUCGAGGGCCCCCCAUACCACGUUUUGGACAAGGCCCUCGGUCUAACAGGACCAGCUCCCCCAGUUCCAGUGACACGUACGACUACUAUCAUGGGAUAGAGAAAGGUCAGGGGAGUGUUUUGGUCUUCGUUUGCAGGUCUAACCAAGACUUGCAAGACAUAACUAAAGACAAGAAAAGACGCGACAGCAUCCCGCGUCAGACGAUCCACCUUCAGGACUUUACCGAAUAUGAGCUGUACCACCUAUUUGUGAAAGAACUGUCUAAGAAGUUCAAUGGCACUGUUACGUUUGAAGGUUUUGCUAUUAACGGUGUACCAACUAAAGUCCUCGUCAAUCGGAUGGCUAAGAAUCGAGGAACCCAUGGGUUUGGAAAUGCUUGUUUAAUCGAGAACGUCAUUCUCGGGAUCAUUAAGCGCCAAUACAUUCGACUACUAGAGGAAAGCGAGACUUGCGGGAAUGUCGAAACUCGUGUCCUCACUCAAGAAGACUUACUCGGUCGUCCUCCGUCGCAAACCUUAGAACAUCAUGAAGCUUGGAAGAAGCUCGAGGCUAUGGUAGGCCUGAAAUCCGUGAAGACCGCGGUCAAGUCGUUGAUACUUCAACUACAAUGGAACUACAAUCGGGAGCUCGCAGAACUACCCCCAGUCAAAACUUCUCUCAACCGAAUAUUUCUAGGCAACCCAGGCACGGGAAAGACGACCGUUGCUAGACUCUACGCAAAGAUAUUUGCAGAUGCAGGCUUCUUAUCCAGCUCCGAGAUCGUCGUAAAGACACCAGCUGAUUUCAUCGGCUCUUAUCUAGGCGAGUCAGAAACCCGCACGAAGAAGAUUCUACAAGAAGCGAGGGGCAAAGUUCUUGUCAUUGACGAAGCAUACAUGCUGGGAAAUAGCGGCCAUCGUGAGGAGGUAGAUACCUACAGAGCAGGCGUGAUUGAUACCCUUGUCGGCGAGGUUCAGGGUGCUGACAACGAGGACCGCUGUGUUCUCUUGCUAGGAUACCGCGAGCAGAUGCAGGAGAUGUUUCGCAACACCAAUCCAGGCCUAGCUCGCAGAUUUCCGGUGUCGUCGGCAUUCGAGUUCGAGGACUAUACCAAGGAGGAGCUUCGCGAGAUACUCGAGUUGAAACUCGCCGAAGAGGGCUUGAAGGCUACUGAUGACGCAAAGCAGGUUGCCAUGGACGUGCUAGAGCGCGCGCGAAACUCCGCGGUGUUCGCAAACGCGGGGGAGAUCGAAAUUCUUUUGACCCAAGCGAAGGAACGCCAGCACGCGCGGCUUGCCGAUCUUGGAUGCCCUAGUGAAGAAUCGUUACAGACACUCGAGCCCAGUGAUAUGGAUGAGAAUUUCGACCGAAUCGAUCGCGCAGGGGUCAAUAUUAAGAAUUUAUUCGGUGGUAUGGUUGGUAGUCAGUCUCUCGUAGAGAAACUCGAAAGCUACCAGAAGAUUGUGAGGAACGCUAAGGCAAUUGAUCUCGGCGAUCCUAAAGAUUUUAUCCCCUUCAACUUCAUCUUCCGCGGUCCCCCGGGAACCGGUAAAAGUACAACCGCCAGAAAGAUGGGCAAGGUAUUUUACGAUCUCGGUUUCCUCGCGACGACUGAGAUAAUCGAGUGUUCCGUAUCGGAUCUGAUUGGACAGUACGUAGGUCAAACUGGGCCUCAGACGCGAAAGGUCUUCGAGGAAGCACUUGGCAAGGUCCUAUUCAUCGACGAAGCCUAUCGACUCGUAUCCGGCUAUAAGAGCUCCUACGCCUCAGAGGCAGUAGGCGAGAUAGUCGACAUCCUGACGCAAGAAAAGUUCCACAACAAACUCGUCGUCAUCUUAGCAGGCUAUGAAUGGGACAUGAAUAAGUUACUAGCAACCAACCCCGGUCUCAACAGCCGUUUUCCAGAGACUAUCGACUUCAAGAACCUGACUCCCCGCGAGUGUCAUGGACUGCUUUUCGAUUCCAUCAAGCCACGGUUGGUAUUCGAACUACUGCAGAUGGCGCAAUGGGAGAAGAUCGAUCAGUUAUUUGCGGAACUGGCUUCGCUACCUUUCUGGGGAAACGCACGUGACGUACAGACGCUGGCGAAGAACGUCAUGUCUACGGUGUUGAUAGAGGGUACCAUAAAGGAAGACAUAGUUUCGCGGGAGAUAGAGAAGAUGCUCGUGGAACGUCGAAAGAGAGCUCGGCAACAGAAACAAAGUAAACUUGGGGCGUCCUACUGAAUGGAGACCGGCU